CUUAUUAACAUCCAUCUGAAUGGGUGGAGUUUCUAAUUUACUUUAAUGGCGAGGUCCUGCUUACUGGGAGUGAUAGCCAAACCCCUCCUAUUCUAUCUCCUCAGCAUUGCUUUUUCACCUUCACACACAAACAUAUGCACACACUCUCACACACACAUCCAAACACAGUUACACAUUCACAGUCUUGCACGUCUGGACAGAAUGAUCAAUAAAGAGUCACAAUCUUCAGACCACCUUACAACAGCCUCACGCAGAGGGGUGAGGAUGGCAAAAGUGGCAAUAGCUUUUGCCGCCGCCUUUAUGCUGGCCAGCAUAGCAGUCAUCAUAUCUAUAGCAGUUGUACAAACUCAUAAGAAGACUUAUAUAUCCCGUGGAUUAAAGUAUGGUAUUGUUUUGGAUGCAGGCUCCUCCAGGACCACUGUGUAUCUCUAUGAGUGGCCUGCAGAGAAAGAAAACAACACUGGGGUUGUGAGUGAGACCACAAAGUGUCAGGUUGAAGGCCCUGGAAUUUCAGAUCUUGGUAAAUAUGAGGAUCAGGACAAAAAGACAUGGAAAAGUUUAAAAGAUUGCAUAGCAAAGAUAACUGAGGCCAUUCCUUCCCAUCGGCAUAACUCGACCCCAGUCUUCCUUGGGGCAACAGCAGGGAUGAGGCUUCUACAUAUGAAAGAUGAGGAGACUUCCAACGCUAUUCUGAAAAACAUCAAGAACUACCUUAGCUCUCUUCCUUUCAAUUUUCAAAAUGCUUCCAUUAUCUCUGGACAGGAAGAAGGCCUUUAUGGCUGGAUCACCGUCAACUACCUGAAAGGGAACUUCCUAGAGAAAAAUCUCUGGAAUGCCUGGGUACAUCCUCAUGGGGCUGAGACAGUUGGCUCAUUGGACUUGGGUGGAGCCUCAACCCAGAUUGCCUUUGCCACUUCUGAUGAUGCCAAAGGUGAAGACAUCAUUAAGGUUUCACUCUAUGGCUAUGAAUACAACAUCUAUACUCACAGUUUCCUCUGCUACGGGAAAAAUGAAGCUGAGAAGAGAGUUUUGGCCAAACUUGCAAAGGAAUCCACCAACUGGGCUAAUCUGAAGCACCCCUGUUAUCCUUCUGGCUACAAUACCUCCAUGCUUGCAGAGGAUGUUUUUGGCAGUGAAUGUACAAAGAAUGAUCUUCCAUCGAAGUAUAGUCCAAAGCGAAGUAUUACUUUCCUUGGACAGAGUAACCCUGAACAGUGCAAAUUCUUGGUUAGGAGUAUCUUUGACCUGGCAUCUUGCCAGGGAUCUGAAAACUGUUCCUUUGAAGGAGUUUAUCAACCACCACUCAAUGGAGACUUCAUGGCUUAUGCAGGCUUCUACUGGACUGCUUUGGCUCUUAAAGUGGAGGGCUCUAAAAGUAUGGAGACAUUCAAGACAAACAUGAAACUGUUUUGCUCAAAGGACUGGAAAACUCUCAAGACAUCCAACAAAGACAUCAAAGACAGCUAUCUAAAGUCCAACUGCUUCUCUGCAAAUUAUGUGCACAGCAUUCUUGCAGAUGGUUACAAGUUCAACACAGACAACUGGAAAAAUCUCAAUUUUCAGAAAGAGGUAAAUAAGACCAGUAUAGCCUGGUCCCUGGGCUACAUGCUUGCACUUUCCAACAUGAUCCCCGCCGAAGGGAAAAUCAUCAAGCUACCCAUAAACAACGUCCUCUUCACUGGGCUCCUCCUGCUGUUCUCUGCUUUGACUAUCAUCACCCUCACGUACCUCGUCAUUGCGCUGGUGCGCUUUUGUUAUUGAGGUUUUUGUACUGAGUUCUCGUCUGUAGGACUAGUGUCCCACUUAGGGAGGUUUUGUAAACCAGGAGAGAUGCUGAUGUGUCAAUGCAGAUGUACCUGCUAAAGAAAGAUUUUAAUUUUUAGAUCCUGAAGGUCUUGCAGGUCUGGCGGUGCUAAGCUUAAAAAGAAGACAUCUGAUGUGAACACCAAACCUGUAUUCAAUGUCAUUCUAUCCAAAAAAGGCAGUGUACAGGUCUUUCUAGUCCAGGAAUGCAGUAGCAGCAGUCUUGUACUGUGGAUUUGAAUGAAAACACCAAAGACAAAGAAAAGAUUUUAGCAUAUUUACAGUAAAAAGUAUCUACUAGGUCAUGACAAUGUUUUGAUUGUGUAUUGUAUCUAAUGUUUGUCUCAUUCAACUGCAUCAUCCCUUAUGUAUCAUACAUGUGUAUUUCUGCAUGUGCUCUUCAGCACACGUUGUUGUCUUUGGACGAAAUAUGUCAUAGUACUCUAAAUAAAUGUUAUGAUUGUUAA